AUGUCGGGCUUGCAACGCCGUAGGGUUAAUAAGGACACUGAUGGAAUAUCCGAAGAGCCCAUCACAAUCAUAAAUGAUGAAGAACCGGAUAGUAGAAAAAUAGCUUACGAUCCUGAAGAGGCCAAGCUUGGUGAAAACGUACACACACCUAAGUUGAAUUUGAUGGAGGAGGUACUUCUAAUGGGGUUGAAGGACAAAGAAGGAUACACGUCAUUUUGGAAUGACAACAUAUCAUAUGCAUUGCGUGGCUGCCUCAUGAUCGAGUUAGCGUUGCGAGGGAAAAUAAGGGUAGUGAAUGAUCCUGCCAGGAAGAGAUUUGAUGUGUCGGAACGCCUGGUAGAAGUAUGUGAUGGAUCGAAGACCGGUGAAGUUUUGCUGGACGAAGCUCUUAAUUUGAUGAAAAACGACGAGGCUUUGCCAAUUGCCAAUUGGAUCGAUCUCUUGAGUGGAGAGACUUGGAACUUGCUCAAGAUUAAUUACCAAUUAAAACAAGUAAGAGAAAGAUUAGCUAAGGGACUCGUCGACAAAGGCGUUUUGAGAACUGAAAUGAAAACUUUUUUCCUUUUUGACAUGCCGACUCAUCCUGUCACAGAUACAAGUUGUAAAGAAGCCAUUAAGCGUCGAAUUCUAUCCGUAUUGGUUUCGAGAAACAUGGAGCUUAACUACAAUGAAUACUUCCCAGAAAGUGUUACAUUCAAAAUAAUCAGAACGUUGUCUUUGAUAUGCGGUUCUUAUGGAGCCAACGUUUUAGAAAACGUUCUUUCGAGUUUGGACUAUGAAAAAAGAGACAAAGCGUUUGCGCGCGCAGACGAGAUUUUGGCACAAUUCUCACAAUUCCCAUUUGCGCUGGACAAGCCAACCGAAUACGGCAUUUCGGUUAAUUUGAAUAAGGAAGUGCAGCAAGAGGUUUCCGAAAACUCAGGUGCUGACUUGCAAUUGGAAGUGGUUGCAGGGGUAUUUGAAGUAUUUUCUCGGAUGGACGCCUUGCUAUAA